CUUCUUCAUCUCCACUCUCUCUCUCUCUCCUCUACAUUCGCUUUUGUUGCAGUCGAUAUCGUUGCCUUGGCCUUAUUCUUUCUUGUGUUCUACUUUUUCCCUCAGAAGGAUUCCAAUAAUAACUAAUCAAAGAAAGAAAGGAAAGGAUGAGUAAUACCAGUGGUAAGAACUUGGAGACCAGAACGCUGUUGGAUGAGUUCCGAAACUUCGACAAGGAAGGGUUCUUGGAUCUCGGCCACCCCCUCCUCAACCGCAUCGCUGAAAGCUUUGUCAAAGCCGCUGGGAUUGGAGCAGUUCAGGCUGUGGCGCGGGAGGCUUAUUUUGUGACCGUUGAAGGGGCAGGGUUGGAUAGUGGUGGAGUACCGCCGGAGAUUACGGGAGGCAAGAAACGUCGAUUCCCAGACCUAAGAGGGGAAACCAGCUCCACGUCUCUUGAAACCUUGGUGAAGAACACAGGAAAAGAAUCACUGCAAUGGGGACUGGCUGCUGGAAUGUACUCUGGACUCACGUACGGACUAAAAGAGGCUCGUGGAACUCAUGAUUGGAAAAAUAGUGCAAUGGCAGGAGCAAUUACAGGGGCAGCGCUGGCUCUCACAUCAGAUGAUUCUUCCCACGAGCAGAUUAUUCAAAGUGCCAUUACUGGGGCCGCAAUUUCUACCACUGCUAACCUUCUGAAAGGGAUUUUCUAAUAAUCUGACCCAGGAAUUACGUUGCUUUUCUUGUCAAACUUUAUAUGGAAGUACAUGUCUAGUUCAUGUGGGACAGAAGACCUUGCAGCUGAGACUUAUCUUUACUUGUAUUUUGUUUCGAGGAACCAGCUCCAUCAUGAUUUCAAAGCAUCUAGAGGGGUAGGCUAAUCAUGUUCCUGAUGUUUUUGUUUUUGGAUACUUUUUGAGGUUGGUACUUGGUAGGAUCUUAUGCUUGGAUCAGCUUUUAAAAAUCGACGUGUUGCAUACGAUAUAAUCAGCGGCAGAUGAAUGGUAAUUUUAGUUCAUUUGUUGCCCUUUGUGAUCCGAAAUUCGUGGUUUUAGUGUGUGUUCUCUUUUAAAAUAAAUUAAGUUCAGAGAAAACUGUAAGAUCACAUUAUGUUUAAGGCAGAAUUUAAGCCUACUCGGAUUAGUGAAGUGCACAUUUAGUACA